AUGGCCUUCGCGAGAAUCGAGUCGUUCCGCGACGUGGCGGGAGCCGCUAACAUCCCAAGCGGUUGCGGGCGGCGCGCUCUGCGGAGUCGCCCCGGAACUACUGUUACGGCGACGCCUGUCGCGUGGCGGGACGGCGUCGUCAUCCGGAUCGAUUUCGCUGCGAAAGGAGCGUUGGCGCUGGGCGCGCUGGCGGCCCUGGCGCCGCUGCGCCUCAUGUGCGGCGGGCGGGGCGGCGGGCGCGGCGUGCUGCACGCGGCGCUGCUGCUGCUCACGCUGCUGACGCGCGAGGCCGGCCGGCUGACGGCGGGCUUCCGCGUGGAGAGUGUCACCUCCAUGCACGAGCGCCUCGAGGUGGCGCGCCAGAUCCUCGCCGAGGUGCCGCUCAUCGACGGCAGGUGGAUGACAAAAAUGAAGAUAAGUAUGAAAGUGGAUGGAGAUGACUAUGAUGAUGGCCUGAGGAAGGUUGAACGGGGUAGGCGUGAGGACGAGAAUGAAAUGGGAUGGCGUGGAGUGGUGGGAUGGGGAUGGCAUCCGUGGGAGUGUGACCAGAGUAGCUGA